CCGACCGGGCGAACACCGUGCCUCUCUGUCUUCUCAGCGCACUGGUGGACGUCCGGGACAUCUUGCACUAUGACUGGGGCGGCGCUGCUCUGGCCACCCUGUACGGCUAUAUGAGCUCGGCUUCUUGUGGCAGCGGCCAGCUGCUCGGAGGUUACUGGCGAGCUUGGGAGUUGUGGGUUUACGCCUACUUCCCUAGGCUUGCACCCGUACCAGUCGCGGAGCCUCCUCCGGCUGUCCCGUUCUCGAGUCGCUUUGACGGGAGAUGCACCCGGCGACCACGGGAGACGUUCGGCUUCUUCCGCCGAUAUUUUGACACCAUCACCCCCACAGAGAUCACAUGGCGGCCAUGGGCUUCGCUGCCGUCGGCGAUGCGGGGUCGGUUCCCUGGUGCUGAGGAGACCUCGCGUUUUCCGGAUUUUGCUAGAGGGUCCGGUUUCUUCUAG